AUGGACAUGAUCCAUCUUCGACAUCCAGAUGAAGUGGAAAAUGGCUCUGGUGACUGCAGUGGCACAAGCUUGCGGAAUAGGCCAGGCCUGCACCAUGCCACGCCCUGCACCGGGCUUCGAGUGUGCGCAUGCGUUAAUCCACACGCGCCCUGGCCCCACCCAGCAGGCCAGGGCGCGCAUGCGCGGGAAGCCCUCGGGAUCCCUGAGGCCGUGAGGGCUCGCGGCGCCUGGAGCAACGGACCAGGACACGGGCCUGGCCUGGCCUCCGGCACCAUGAACCCCGCCUCUCACGUCACCGUCACACAGGAAAUCCGCCUCAAGCGAGGCCCUUCAGGGUUGGGAUUCAAUAUUAUCGGAGGAACUGACCACCGGCACUUUUGUAAUGAUUCUGCAAUCUAUGUUACCAAAAUUAAAGAAGAUGGACCUGCAGCUCUUGAUGGACGUUUAAAGGAGCAAGACCAAAUCUUAGCAAUCAAUGGGCGAGAGCUCUGCAACUUGACUCAUCAGGAAGCAGUGGAAAUAUUUCGAAAUGCAGGUGACGAGGUGACACUACUAGUCUUAAAAAAGAUAAAAUCCAAGAAUAACCAAAUCCACAUCUCUGGUUUCUCAUCACUAGUACUGACAGCGCUGGGUAUAUCAGUGUUGGCAAUGGUUGUAUACAUGAAAUAUCGUCAUAGGUUAUAAAAAUGAAAAAAAAACUGAUGUCUUUUCCUGUAGGGCAAUAAUGUUUAAUACUCAAUAUUUGCUGCUGGUUGAGUGGCUAGCCAGAUGUUAACUGACAUUUGUUAACUAUUAUAGGAUUGUAAAGGGAAUACGUACAGAAUGGCUGAGUCAUUUAUAGACCACAGAUAAUAAGUUGCCAGUUUAUUACCUUGCAACUGCUUCCUUUUAUCUCCUGGAUGUAAUUUAUUUUUGUAACAGACAAUUAAACAUCUACCAUAAAUUUUAAGACAUAAACAUGAAUGACAGUGUAACCUAUGUGCUUGAAAUUUUUGUAAAGACACUUGGAAGAUUCUGCAGGAGUAAUCAAUCAAGUAACGAUUUCAAAGUUAUAUGACUUGGAAAAAUUAAGUUAAAUUUUUAGAAAAUUCAACAAACUGCAUGUGUGUUCUCUUAUACACUGGAGUGGAUAGUGUUUAGAAUUCAGAUUAAUAAUCAACAUUGAGACUGUUAAUGUCUAUCAACAGCUGCUUUUGUAAGUACUGUCCACAAACAGUUGAGAAAUCUGUUGGCAAAUGUAAUGCCUGCAUUAUUUUGUUCAGAUGAAAUCUCAUUUCUCAAAAUGUGAUUGAACAGUUUAAAACAUACAAUAAGUAUGGACAAAAUAAUGGUAUAGUAUUUCACUUAGCAAAUUUCCAUAGUCAUUACAACAGUGUACAAUCAAAGAUACCUUUGUAAUUUUUUUAACUCGGCUUUUUUAGACAAAGCACAUGAAAACAUGGACUCAACUGUUGGCAGAUGCCAGUAUGAGAGUUUACAGUAUGCUAUGAUACUUGUUUUGUUUUCUGUCAUUCUUAAUUUUCACUACAGCCUUUGUAUUAAAAUCAAAUAAUUUUUUGUAAUUUUGGGUACAAUAAGUGUCACCUAAUUGGCAAGUUUUAAUGUGAUCUUUUGUGGAAUGGAAUACUUUUAACUUGGUUAAUUUUCGUAUAAAAGGUUUUUAUCUUUUCUAUAUUAUAUUACAAUUUAGAUGUCUUGUUGCCCUAGUAUGCUUCCUUCGCAGUGUUCUUAAGUACAAGAGUUGGACAAAUCCCUAAGAAACUAGUUCUGCAUAUAAACAUGAGCAUUCCAUAACUUUAAAACUAUGUGUCUCUUUCAGCAUAUAAAUGUUUAUCUGCUGACAGUUAAUUAUAUGUGUAGUGCUUCAGAUGAUUACUCUGGUGCAGGUCCUUGGGCUACUGGAUAUACUACUUGUCAAAUGUUACCAUAGGCUAAUACAGUUGCUAACCCUGCUUGAGUCACAUCACUUCAGCUGGCUGAUCACCAAGCAAUGGUGAAAAUUGUGGAUAAGUCUUUGGGGCUCACUGACCUACUGUUCCAGUUGAAAGAAACUGUGAGACUUGUUGCCAACUAAUUGAAUAAUAGCAUUUGGCAAAUAAAUUCAUUCUAUCAGUUUUUUUGAAUAAUCUGCGUAACUGCUGAAUAAUAAUAUCUGUCCUUUGUCUGCAGGUGUCACCAACGAUUACGUGACCCCUGUUCAGACUGCCUGUCGCCCACAAAAAUGAUGUGUGCUUUCGCUGUCUUUUCCUUCCCAAUCAUUUUAAUACUUAAAUGCUAGCAUUGGCAGUGCACUAAUCAUUGAUUAAAGUAGAAGUGUAUUUGCGAAAAACAUAUGGCUACUUUGUGGCAGGUAACUGACAAAUAGUCUCAGCAGAAGUAUACAUUCUUUUCCCUUUCCUUUUGGUGAUUCAACAAUCCUGAAAGGGAAUAAAAUAGAUAAUGUGCUUUGCUUUGUUUGAGCAUUAAUCCCCUCGAGCAGGCAUGUUUGAAAAUAGGCAAAACUGAUUUAACCGUUGCCUCUUGUUGAUAAGGUCACAGGCAAUGGUAUACCGACAUAUCAAUACUUUCCCAGAGUACAUUCACGUAAGGUGAUCACAAGCCUUCAAUCUAAUUUCUUUUGUGUUUUUUCAUUUGAAGCCUGUUUAAUAACAAAUCUAUUUUUAUGUUUUUUUUAAAAAAAAGCAAAUAUUGUACCAAAUACAUAAUUGGGGCUGUGCUUUUUUUUAUGCUUUAACCCAAAUUUGGUUGACAUGUUAGUACCACACCACCUGCAGAGAUUUGUGGGAUUGUAUAUAUUAGACCAAUAGAAUGUAUAUUGCUUUGGGUUAUUCAAAGGAGAAAAUUCAAGUUAUCUCCACAUCUCUACUCAAUUCAUGUGGUUUGAAUAGCAAAUCAAAUAGCAAAGUUUUGCUUCUUAUAUUUAAAGAAAAUAUGUCUCAUUUCCACUGGAAUUCUUAAAGAACUUCAUCGGUAGUAAUGUUAAGGGCUCAUGCAGAAACAUUUUCAAGUUAAACCCUGCACAUCUUGUGAUAGGGUUAGAAUAUGCUGCUCAUACGUCUCUUAAGUAAAGGAGUACUUCAAUAUAAAGUUUAUCUUGGCAGUAAAUAGGGUCCCAUCUAUAGAAAUCUGAUUAUAAAUUCAAAUUAGUAUUUCAUAUAUUUGUAGGUGACCCUCUGUAUUAGCUACUUUGAACAUUUGGAGCCUAUCGUUAAAUUCUAAACCUUGACCUAAUUAAAAUGUCUUAACAUCUAGCUGAACUAUUACCUGCUUCUGUACGGAAGCUUUUGUUAUUUAAUAAUUUGCCAACCAUGAAUGUUUAGGCAGGGAUAUAUGUGUACUAUAUAGGUUUAUAGACGUUUAUGCUCAGUAAACAUGGGACACUAAACAUUAUAGUAGCAGUACAUCCCUCAUAAUUGGUAUUAGCUUUGUUUGUUCUUGAUCCUUUUUAUUAUCCAAGAUUCUGUUAUUUUCAUUUUAUCAUAAAGCUUGUUUGUAACCCUGUAAGGUCCUCAAGAAUUGGCUUUCAAGAAUUGUUCUGACGAUAAAAAUAAUGUUUUGGUUGCACACACUAAAUCGAUAACUGAAUUUGGAAAAUAAAUGUAUAAAUCUGCUAUUAAACUAAUAUACCUCACAAGAAAAUCCAUAAUAGAUCUGCUAAAAAUAUUUAAAACUUAUAAUAAUGUUCAUGUAAAUGUCAUUUAACAGAGGUAUUUCAUCACCAAUUUAAUCCUCAAUUUGUGUGAACUCAAGGGUUUAGCAAUAGCCACAUAAAUGGCAAUUUAUGUUUCACCACUGUACCUUCCAAUAUUGUGCUAAUAUAGGCUAUAUAUUGGUAUGUAAAUCUUCAUUUGGUGCACCAGAUCAUUGAUAACUUUAUCUCAAAUGUAGAUGUUUCUUUCAUGCUACCAUUGCUGCAUCUGUACACAUCAACUGUGCUGAAACUGUUUUCCUAGACCCAGUGCCUACAGUUGGACAAAUGCCACAUGUGUCCUUUUAGUAAUGAAGAAUUUUCUGUUUAACGAUGUUUUAAUAUCUGUUUCAAUAUAAUAACUUUUUCUUUGAAGAUAAAAAUAAACUGCCAGAAUUGACCAUUUUAAUGGGUGUGCAAUCAAUGGUCAUUUCGAUCCUAGAGUUUGAUUUUUACAUAGUAACUUGGUUGGCCUGAAAUGCUGCUAAAUAACUUUAAAAACUGUGUAAUGAUUCAAAAAAUGGUCUUUUAUGACAAAGCUAAUGUUAAUGAGCAUGUUAUGAAGGUCUAACUGUCACUACAGUUUAAGUAGUUGCUUGGUGAAAAUUGCUGUAAAAUAAAUGUCCACAUUCAAAUUUAUUUAUAUACAAUUCCUGUACCGGAAAUGUUUGAAAUAGAACUUAUUGUAAUGCUAUUCAUAAAGCUACUUGUUAAAUAUU